AAGGUUGGUUACUUUAUUUCAUACAAUCUGUGCUGCUUGGUGACAUUAAACUGAACGCAUCUCUUCUUCCUGCAUUCUGUGAAAGGGAACAAUUAAGUUGGUCAUUUGUACCGUGAAACAUGAAAUCAAAAGAACACAAAGAUCAUCGCGCAAAAAUUAACGAAGGCCAAGAAAAUGAGAUGGAACUUUUUGGCUAUAGGAUGAGUGUACCAUGGAUUAUUCUGUGUGUGGUCGGCUACUUUAUAUCAGGUGGGAUUCUCUUACUCCUCUUUUAUUGGAAGCCUGAAUGGAGCGUCUGGGCAAACUGUGUCCCCUCAUCACUGGAGAAAGCCAAUGUGGUUUUAUUAAGAACAACUGAUGAAAGAAAGAAAUACACCAGGAAGAAGGUUCGUUGGCUAAGCUUGGAUGCCUUUGCACAUUUAUUUCAGAGUGGAUUGCAAUGUUCUGUUAUCUGUGACAAAAAUUCCACUUUAAAUAAUGCUAUAAGAAGGCCUGAUCUCAAGGUUAAAUUCAUUAGAGUGCAGAAAAUUCGAUAUGUGUGGAAUUUCAGUCAAAAGAAGUUUGAAAACAUCGGGACCUUGGAGGAUGAGCUCUCUUGUUUUAGCAUACACUCCUACUAUGCAUCUGGCUUAACAGAAGAGGAGCAAGCUAUAAGGAAUUUAAUAUGUGGACAUAAUACCAUUGAAGUUGAAGUUGCACCACUUUGGAAAAUCUUAAUUUUUAAGGUGUUAAACGCAUUAUAUAUCUACCAGAUUGCUGCUAUUAUCCUUAUGCUGGUAGAAAACUACCUGGGAUAUGGCUUGGCCAUUCUUGUGCUGUGUAUCUGUGACAUAACAUUAGCAAUGAUUGAACAUAGAAAGCAAUCUUCAAAGCUUCACAAUUUGGUCAAAGCUCACAAUAACAUGAAAGUGACUGUGUACAAAAAAAAUGGUGACUGCAGCCAGGUUGAGUCUCGCUACUUAGUUCCAGGAGACAUUAUUGUUUUAUCUGGCAAAGAGUUUUUUAUGUCUUGCGAUGCCAUUUUAGUCAACGGGACAUGUGUUGUGAAUGAAGGCAUGUUAACAGGAGAAUCAAUCCCUGUGACAAAAACACAGCUACCUCAUGGAGAUGACUCAAUGCCAUGGAAGCAGUACAGUGGAGAAGAUUAUAAGCGCCAUGUCAUGUUCUGUGGUACUGAAGUGAUAAGGACUGAAUCCACUGCACAAGGUCCAGCAAGAGCUGUAGUCUUAAGGACUGGUUUCAAUACCACUAAAGGUGACAUGGUGAGAUCUAUAUUGUAUCCUAAACCUAUAAACUUCAAGCUGAAUAGAGAUGUACGGUGGUUCUUUAUAUUUUUGGCAUGCCUAGCCUUGAUUGGCCUGAUCUAUGCAGUAACUAUAUUUGCACAAAGAAAGGUUCCUGCUGGGAGAAUUAUCGUUGAGGCUGCAGUUCUUAUAAUCUGUGCAAUCUCCCCGGUCAUACCUGCUGCUCUAAUGGUUGGGAUCAUGUAUGCAAAACGAAGACUGAGAAAGAAGCAUAUACAUUGUAUCAGUCCAGACAGAAUCAACAUGUGUGGUCAGGUUAACCUCUUCUGCUUUGAUAAAACUGGAACAUUGACAGAAGAUGGCCUUGAUUUAAUGGGUGUGAUACCAUCAGGAGGUUCAAGUUUUCAGGCAAUGGUUACUCUGGAACACAUUAAAGAGCUAUCCUGUGGACCCCUAUUUGCUGCAAUGGCUUGCUGUCAUUCUAUUAUCAUGCUUGAUGGAAAAUUACAAGGUGAUCCUUUGGAUCUGAAAAUGUUUGAAGCCACAGGAUGGGUUAUAGAUGAGUCCAUGUCAGAUAUUCAAGAUGGACAUUCUUCCCAAAAUAUUAUUGUCAGGCCUGGACCUAACUCAGAAAUUAAGGAUAAUGUAAAGGGAAUACAAGUUUUAUUCCAAUAUCCCUUUUCAUCUGUCAUGCAACGUAUGUCUGUCAUCGCUGAAGCUAAUGGCGGGGAUGAGUUGAUUGUCUACAUGAAGGGAGCUCCGGAGAUGGUGGCCAGUUUUUGCAAAACAGAAUCUGUUCCCAGUGGAUUUUUGAAAGAACUGGAGCGCCACACAUUUCAAGGCUUGAGAGUAAUUGGUGUUGCUGCUAAAACUCUGGGGAAGUGCAAUUAUGAAGACUUACAAAGCAUGGAAAGGGAAGACGUUGAAAGAGACCUGGAGUUCCUUGGUUUGCUGAUAUUGGAAAAUCGUCUUAAACCAGAAACUUCAAUGGUAGUUAAAGAGCUGCAUGCAGCAAACAUCAGAAUGGUUAUGAUUACAGGUGACAACAUACAGACUGCGACCACUGUUGCAAAGAAUUGUGGGAUGAUUCCUGAGGGAAAAGAUGUUAUUCUUGUUGAAGCUUCUGGGCCAGAAGGCUCUGCUCCAGCUUUUCUCUCUUGGAAGCUUGUAGAAUACCCAGAGGAUGCAAAACAAGACAAAGAUCUCUGUAUCAAAGAUGAAGACUUCUUGGACCGCAAAGAUCAGAACAGUGAUUGUCAUUUUUCAAUGAGUGGAAAGACCUAUGAAAACCUAGAGAAAUAUUUCUGUGAUUUAUUGCCAAAAAUAUUAAUGAAUGUCACAGUUUUCGCACGAAUGUCACCAGGACAGAAAUCAACAAUCAUUGAUGAACUUCAAAAGCUUGAUUAUUGCGUGGGGAUGUGUGGAGAUGGAGCCAAUGACUGUGCAGCUUUGAAAAUAGCUAAUGCUGGCAUUUCUUUAUCUGAACAAGAGGCGUCUGUAGCAGCACCAUUUAACUCACAGGUCACAAACAUUUCAUGUGUCCCAGACCUGCUGAAGGAAGGACGAGCAGCCAUUGUCACAUCGUUCUGCAUGUUUAAAUAUAUGGCUAUGUUUGGACUGACUGAAUAUAUUAACACAUUGCUGUUAUAUUGGCAACGAAACAUUUUUGGAAAUAAUCAGUGGCUCAUACACGACUUUGCUAUUGUGUUUGUAAUUUUUUUUACAAUGAGUUCUACCCCUGCCUAUCCAAAGCUGGCACCAUACAGACCACCAGGACAGCUGAUUUCUCCUUCUAUGUUGUUUUCAUUAAUCUUCAAUGUUCUCUUCACAAUAGCCAUGCACACGUAUGCGUUUCUUAUGGUUCAGAAGCAAGCAUGGUACAGUAACAUUGACAUUUACAGUGCUUGUUAUCCAGGAAAUGAAAGCCUAAACAAGAAUCUUACCUAUAUAUUAAUUCAUGAACGGACAAAAAUAAACUAUGAAAGCUUUGAAAGUACAACACUAUGGCUAAUAACAUGUCUGCACUUGGUGAUCUUCGCUUUUGUCUUCUCCAAAGGAAAGCCUUUCCGAAAACCAUUGUAUACCAACUAUUUGUUUGUGGUUGUGCUGAUAAUAGAAACUGCCUUCAACAUUUUCUUCAUAUUUGCUGACUUUACAAGCAUCUAUCUCGAUUUGGAACUUGUCUGCACUCCGAUGAGCUGGAGAAUACACAUGCUCAUUUUAUUGGUUGUAUGUCUAGUGGUGACGUUCGUGGUAGAGGAAUUCAUUCUGGAUAACAGAGCUCUUUGGUUGGCUAUGAAGACAUGCCUAAAGAUUAAACCAGGUAGUAAAUACAAAAAGUUUCAUACAAUUCUGGAAGAGGAUAAGGAUUGGCCACCUAUUGGAAGAACAAUCUAUGGGAACGGUUUGACCGACGGGGAUGCCAGAAUCUAUAUUAAUCAAGGUUAUGAGCAUGACAGUGCUUUGAGCACUGAAGAAGGUUUCGACAAUGGACAGCAAAAUGGAAAAAAGUGAAAGCCAGCCUCAAAUUUUUUGUGCACAAGGAUUUGAUAAGUAACAAAAAUAUAUUUUCAUGUACACGUGUAUGUCCAUCGAAUACAAUGUAGUCACACACACUGCAAAUAAGUCAGUGUGUACGAAAUUGGAUGGUGUUACACAGCAACCUGGUGGAUUACACAUCUCACACAUAUACCAAUCAAUGUGUAGCUCUGCAGCUAGUGAAGGUGAAUGGAGUCAUGCUGCGACCAGGAAGUUGAUUCUGCUGCUGUAUGGGUUUUAUUAUGACUGUCAAGUCACCUUCACAGCAACUUGAAAGUCACAAACAACUCCAUCCAUUUUUAUCACUGCUGCAAUUCACAGUAUAGAAGUAUCACAAUGCUGCAAUUUUUGGCCACCCCAAAUUCACUAUGUAGCUCCAGCAUUUAUCCGGAAAACAUUGUACAUGCUCCUGUUCGAGUGCAGCAGAAAAUUAGAUAGGAGCAGGAUUGUUUCAUAUACAAACCUAAAUUCUUAAAGAAAAUUUGCUAAUUCACGAAUAAGAUAUUUAAAAUUCAUUGCAUAAGUAACUGCUAUUUAGAUUUUUAGCAUUUUAGUUAUGGUGUCCAGAAGUUGUUACAGACGCCUGUUCGGCUAUGACAGAUCUCAGUAACUGUGGCACCUGAGUAAAGGAAUUAUAGGUAAUCGUAGUUAUGACACUGAAGAUAUAACGUUUACACAGAAAUCCAAUACAAUGCAGCAAGAACAUGCAAGAAACAAGUAUGCAAUGUGCAAAUAUAAGAAUGAGCCAAAAUAAAAAUCAGAUUCACGACAUGUCCUUGCUGCAUUUAUAAUUGUCUUUUUUAUUGGGCUUCUGUGCCCGCAUUAUUUUAUCUGGCGCGUCAACCCCCAUGACGACUUACCUUUACGUAUGCAUCACAGUUACUGAAAUGCCAUAUCCAUGCAGGAGGUUGAAAAACAAUUCUGGAUGCCAUAACUGUAACUAACAUCCCAUGCUGACACCGUACACCAAGUAGUUCACUCAUGUUUUGUAUGUGGUUGACCAGUAUAUAACAUACAGCAAGCUGCAUUGUCGCCAGGACUUUUUUUUCCGUUAUGUAUAAUGGAACAAAACAACAGUUAUUUGUGCCCAUAGACAUGUGUUACGACGGAGCAAAAUGGAAUGCUUCACAAAGUUUUCAGUUUUCCAUUCAGUCCUAAAAUUCAGUUAUAUUCCGCUAUAAUGGAACACUGUAACGGAAUUUCUAACGGUAAUGCGAACACGCCCUAACAUGAUAUCCAGUACUUGGGCUUUAUGGUUCAAGGGCAUAUAAAACAAGCAUAUAUAACACAUAUUGGACUGUGCUAUUUUUUAUUUAUUUUUUUACCUUAUUGCAAAUCUGUGCUUUUUUGGGGUCUUCUCUCAGAUUUUUUGUGACCCCCUUUUGUGAUUUUUUUUUGUGAUCGCAAAUACAUCUGUAUUUACAUUAUUUUUUUUAGCUCAUUGGUUUGAUGUUUCUGUGUCUUAUGACCCAAUACAAUUUAUAUGAUUUAUUAGACUACAUUUUGGGGGUGCAUGUUUUGACGUAUAUGUAUUCUUGUGGUGUUAUAUACAGGAUCAACUGCUUACAUGACAACUUCACCAGUUACUAAAAUGCUUGGUGUGUGAAGAAUAUCAGCAAGGCUUGGUUCACACUAUGCUUGAGCCUUCUGUUGGACGUACGCUUAGGGAAGAUUUCCCAACAUAUACCUCCAAAGAAAGGCUAAUACAUAUUCCACAAUAUAGGCAUAGCUUCUCUGUGGCAACAAGUGCAUACUGUGUGGUAUAUAUUUUUACUGGAUCCUUCUUUUUUAAUUAGUGAAGUCUACUACUCAAUUCUAUACAGCAAAAACAAUGAUACAAAUGCAUAUCGGUAGAGCGUAUGCCAAAAGGAAACCCUUUUAGCAUAUGCUACAUGAACGGAGGCCUAUGGAUACAUUUAGCAAAUGUGCGGGGAGCUUAUCCUGCACAGAAUUUGAAUCGACUUUGUGGACAAUAAACACAAGCAGUGAGAUUAUUGUGUGCACUUAUAGUGUACUUUACUUGAAACAUACAGUAUUUUACCCUGAUGUAGAAGUCAAGAAUUCCAAUAAAAUUUGCAGCUAUAUUUAUGUGAAUAAAAACCUGAUGUGUUGUGUUCACAUACUA